AUGCCUUCAAUAUUAAUUGGAGGUACUUUGACCGUAUUGGUGUAUAGCGAACCUGUGAGUGUUGAAGCUAUGCAGAAUGAAUUGGAACGAGCGGUGAAAACCGGUCAUUUUCUCAGCGAAUAUAAUAACGGGUUAGUGGUUUUCAAACCAAAUUCAGUGUGGAGGGUGGUUAAAAAUCGAUCUACUGGCAGACGAUAUAUGAGGGCCGUGGGAGCUGAAUUACGUGCAAUUGGGAGACGAAUAGAAUGUUUUGAUGAGAGAGUAACAUCUGAAAAACAAGCAUAUAUAAACUUUCUUAUUAGAGAGGCGAAAGGCAUAACUGAUGUAUGGGCCGACCAUUAA